AUGGUUGAAGAUUAUUAUGAUCCAAAGACCAUUUUUCCUUCAAUUCCUGUUGUAACUACUACCCCAGGAGUAGGGUUUGACGAUUCGUAUAUAAAUACUGCAUCAAUUAUAUGGAAAGGAACACAUUACGAAUAUGAUAAGAAUUUGGGAUUAUUACGAAUCAUUGACCUAUCAAAUAACAAAUUGAAUGGUGAGAUUCCUAUCGAAGUGUCUUAUCUUUCUCAAUUACGUCAACUCAAUCUGUCAUGUAAUAAUUUUUCGGGAGCAAUUCCUAGAAAUAUUGGAAACUUGAACAAGCUAGAAUUGCUUGAUUUGUCUCGCAAUAAAGUUUUUGGUGAAAUUCCCACAAGCCUGGCUGAAAUAUCUUCCUUGAAUUACUUGGAUCUGUCAAAUAAUCGAUUGUCAGGAAGAAUUCCUACAGGCACUCAAUUGCAAACUUUUGAUCCAUCUCGAUAUACCAUGAAUUUUGGACUCUGUGGACCUCCAAUAUCAAGAUCAUGCCCAGGAGAUGAGCCAUAUGUUCCUCAAUCUCCAGCUAAUGAUAGUGAUCAAGGUGCUCACGACGAAGAUGGUGGAGAAUGGAUCAACUUGUUAUGGUUUUACAUAGGAAUUGGGAUUGGAUUCACUAUAGGCUUUUGUGGUGUUUUCGGGAGUUUAGUGAUCAAUACUUCUUGGAGACAUGCCUAUUUUCGUUUCAUGCAUUACUUGAGUGAUUGGCUUUACGUAAUGAUCAACGUCAAAUGGGCAUUAUUGUGGAGAAAACACUCUUGGCAUUAAUUAUAAUUUGAAGAUCGAUACUCUCGUUGAUGAAGAUCAAAGAUAAGCUGCAGAGAUUUCAAGAGUUUGGAAACAGAAAAAUAAGUGAAUCCAUAAAAUUUGAAUAUCUUUUUCUAAGCAGUACAAUUAGUUUUGUCUUUCCCUUUUAGUUAUUUUCCAAUGAUUUUUCAUUUUUACUAUGCUCAUUCAUUUGUGUUGUAAAACUAUGUUUUCCUUAUGGUUCUCCAUUUAAUAUAGCUUUUUUAGUAGAUAUUUCAUUGAUAAAUUUCUCUUUGGCGAGAAUAAUUCCAGUGAGCGCGCGCUGAGAUGUAAAGAAAGCUAUAAAAUCGUAAGAAAGAAACACAAGAGAGUUUGCUGAGUGAGUUGAGAUGAGAAAGGUGUGAUAUAAUCCAAAGGAAUUUAUAAUUAGUAACUAGCUUGGCUCUUAAUGGCAUGUCAUGCAUGUAACACAUUAAUUUGUACGUACUUUUAUUUUAGUAACUAGCUGACGUUGGCUGCCUAGUACAGCUUUGUUUCCUAUGACGGUGGAGAAUAAAAAUCAGGUGUCUCAAAU